UUGACCGGUGAUGUGUGCCGGGCCUCUCUGGACGGAGAAAUAACUCGCUGCAUCGAGGAUUUUUGUAUUUUACGGGGAAGUGCUGAGAUUGCGGCCUCAGACGACAAGUGGUUGAGACGAUUUAUCGUCCGGCAGGCAGAUGUGAUUGACAAUUUAUUUCAUCAAUUGAUCAGUUAUUAAAUAUUUAUUUGGGGUCUCAGGGAUUCGGGGGGAUGCUCGUCAGGACUAUCGAGAGUGCAUCCACUUAUAUCCUAAAUAAUCUUUCAUGAACGAGUUUUGGGGCUCAGUUGGGUACUGGCUGUUUCUGUAAUAAGUGAGUAACAUGUGGCCACAGGAUUUCCUCGUCUUCGCCACCCUAACGACUAUCACGAGGGCUGCAUCCGUGGGCCUCGAGCUUGGUGACUAUGAGGUUCUUGGGGAUACUGAGGAGAAGAGUGAUGGGGAUUAUGCAGGAUCAACAGGUGGUCGUGAGGUCACGUGCUACUGCAACCAGCCAGAGUGCGUACCGCAAGGCUACAUGUGUCAUGGAAGAGGAUGCUUUACGGAAUUGCCGUCCAGUACGGGUCCACUGCUGGUAAGGCCUGAGCACAGUGUCUAUAAUGGAUGUCUCGAAGAGAGCUUCAAGGAGAAACAGUGUCCUCCGGGGUUCCUGUGCUGCGAUCAGGAUCUUUGUAAUCAUGUGGAUAGUCCUGCUGUUAUGAGCAGACUCAAUAAGACACUUCAAGUUCUAGUCGGUGAUCAAAGGGCAUUUCUGGGGCCGAUCCAGCCAACGGAGCAGACCUCGAGAACGGCAGAUGGUUGGUUCAAGACAGCGACCAUAGCAGUCCCCAUAUGCGGCUUAAUCGUUCUCCUCAUUCUCGCGAGCCUCGCGAUAAGACUCCUCCAGCCUCUGCCAACGCAGUCCGACAAAUUGGGGCCCCACAGGACACCCGACAACGCUCCACCCCUCCUGGGCUCCCCGAAAGUGCCUCUCGUCUGAUUGAACCGAGGAAAAAAAUGAUAAUGGAUCUGAAGAAAUAUCCAAAGACUUCACAUGACGGCCUAAACCCACGAUGAACAUUCGACGGUUUAAGGAAGACUCUUAAGAAUUUAAAAACAUGGAGUUAUUGAAAAAAGCUGGAGAGCCCUGUGGCUCCUUGUGGCUGUGAAUUUAAUGAGAAAACAUGGAAGAAAGCAUUGAAUUAAUCACUUAUUGUAAAUUAAUUAAUCAGAUUUUCUCGCAUUUCCCUCGAGGCCGGUUCCGAGUUUCAUUCUCCAUUUUUGUCUUUGUGAAGGACUGGAGAAUUGGAAUCUGCGAGGAGAUUUUUCUCUUAUCGUUUUAGGUUUUCUAAUAUA